AUGGAUAAUUCAACUGUUCCAAAACCAACUAUUGUUGUCUGGACUGAUCUUUCCCAUGAUCAAGUAAGAAAAUUGGAAGAAUUAAAUGAUGCAGAAAGUAUAAAUAAUUUUUUUAUAAAAAUUUUCAAUCUUGAACCAAAUACUAAGCGUACAACAAUUUUAUGUGAUCUAUAUUACUAUGCUCUAAAUUUUGCUCGUACAAAUAAAUUUAACCAUGAACAGAUCUCAACAUUUAUAAGUAUUAUUAAACGUGUUCAUGAAAUGUGUAUUCAAACACCUUUUGCAAAUAUGGAAGAAACUUAUAAAUAUUUCAAAGGACUUGUUUUAAAACAUUCAUUAUCUAGACCACCACAUAGUUUACGUAUAUUUACAGUAGAUGGAACUAAACAAAUAACUGAUUAUAUUGUUGAUACAUAUUUUCGUCAUUAUAAAAUGUAUAAAUUUAUUUUUACUCCAACGAUUGAUUUUAAUUUAAACUUAACUUAUGAUGGAAUGACUCGAGCAAUACCGAAAACAGAAGAUGAAGAACAAGAACAUGUCACAAUAACAGAAACAGAAGAUGUCAAUACAAUUAUAGACGAUGAAGAAAAACAAAGUCAACAACAAGAAAAACAUGAGGAAAAUCCUCAAUUGAUUGAAGUUCGUAAAUUAAUUCAAACCUAUGUGAAAGAAGAAAUUAAAAAAAUGCAAACUACUACUGACGAACAAGAAGUAUUACGUCCACCAACGGAAAAACAUCGAUCAAUUAAAUCCAGUAGUACGAAAACUUCUAAAUCACAAACACCAAAAUAA